AUUUUGCGCGGUGGCCAAGGUGGGAAUGGCAUCCAGCCCAGCAGAGAGCAGACAUCAGUCCCCUUCAUUCCCUUCUCCUCUCAACAAAAAGUGUCUAAACAGAGCAAAAGGGAAAAGGGAAACAAGAAUUAUUGUAGCAGAAAGACAGUGUGGUUGGUAAUGGCUGCUGGGUACAAAGCUGAAGAUGAGUAUGAUUACCUAUUCAAGGUGGUGUUGAUAGGCGAUUCAGGCGUGGGAAAGUCCAACUUGCUCUCAAGAUUCACCAGGAAUGAGUUCAGCCUCGAGUCCAAGUCCACCAUUGGUGUUGAAUUCGCCACCAGAAGCUUGAAUGUGGAUGGCAAAGUCGUCAAGGCUCAAAUUUGGGACACUGCUGGCCAGGAAAGGUAUCGAGCCAUCACCAGUGCAUACUACAGAGGCGCACUGGGCGCUUUGCUUGUAUACGACGCCACAUGCCACUCCACUUUCGAAAGCGUGGAGAGGUGGCUCGGGGAAUUGAGGGAUCACACGGAUCCCCACAUCGUUGUCAUGCUCGUAGGCAACAAGUCAGACCUUCGACACCUUGUAGCAGUGUCGACCGAGGAUGCAAAGUCUUUCGCGGAGAGGGAAUCCCUCUAUUUCAUGGAAACAUCUGCCCUCGAAUCCACCAACGUUGACGCUGCAUUCGGGGAAGUUCUCACACAGAUCUACGACGUGGUGAGCAAAAAGUCCAUCCACAAUGGCGAAAAUGGAACCCAGUCUUCAGCUGUUCCUUCCCAUGGUGAAAAGAUUGAAGUUGCAAGCAAAGAUGAUUCUGCUGUAAACAAAACUGGUUGCUGUUCAACCUAGAGCUUUUUCAAGUGUGCUAAGUUGAUAUUAAUAGGGAAUGUGCCUGUUUUGCAUUGCAGACGUUUGAAACCAAGAACCUACAAUUUAUUUGCCUAUAGUUCAAUUUUUCUAAUUUUUUUAUAUGCUUAUGGAGUACAACUUAUUUGUUCUUAGAAACCUUUCAGAACCAUGCACUUAAUAGAGUUUAAUGUCUAUAUA